UCCUCCCAGGAGAUCGGAGCUGGGCAGUGGGACCAGCUCCUCCCAAUGGAGAUGGUGGACACAGAGAGCCCCAUCGGUCCCCUCUCCCCACUGGAGGCUGAUGACCUGGAAAGCCCGCUCUCGGCAGACUUCCUACAAGAGAUGGGAACCAUUCAAGAGAUUUCUCAGUCUAUUGGGGAGGACAGUUCCGGAAGCUUCAGUUUUACAGAAUACCAGUACUUAGGAAGUGGUCCAGGAUCAGAUGGCUCCGUUAUUACAGACACCCUGUCCCCCGCCUCGAGCCCCUCGUCUGUCUCCUACCCCGCGGUCCCUGGCAGUGCCGAGGAGUCAUCCACCAUCGCCCUGAACAUCGAGUGUAGGAUCUGUGGGGACAAAGCCUCUGGCUACCACUACGGUGUCCACGCGUGUGAGGGCUGCAAGGGUUUCUUUAGGAGAACGAUUCGGCUGAAGCUGGUGUAUGACAAAUGUGACCGUAGUUGCAAGAUUCAGAAAAAGAAUCGGAAUAAGUGCCAAUACUGUCGUUUCCACAAGUGCCUUUCAGUUGGGAUGUCCCAUAACGCGAUUCGUUUUGGACGAAUGCCAAGAUCUGAAAAAGCAAAAUUGAAGGCAGAAAUCCUUACGUGUGAGCAUGACCUAGAAGAUUCCGAAACCGCGGAUCUCAAAUCUCUGGCCAAGAGGAUUUACGAGGCCUACUUAAAGAACUUCAACAUGAACAAAGUCAAGGCCCGGGUCAUCCUUGCCGGGAAGACCAACAACAACCCGCCUUUCGUCAUCCACGACAUGGAGACGCUGUGUAUGGCCGAGAAGACGCUGGUGGCCAAGCUGGUGGCCAACGGCAUCCAGAACAAGGAGGCGGAAGUCCGCAUUUUCCACUGCUGCCAGUGCACGUCCGUGGAGACCGUCACCGAGCUCACGGAGUUUGCCAAGUCCAUCCCGGGGUUUGCAAACUUGGACUUGAAUGACCAAGUCACUCUGCUGAAGUAUGGAGUUUACGAAGCCAUAUUUGCGAUGCUGUCUUCUGUGAUGAAUAAAGACGGGAUGUUGGUAGCCUACGGGAAUGGCUUCAUAACCCGUGAAUUCCUUAAAAGCCUAAGAAAACCCUUCUGUGAUAUCAUGGAGCCCAAGUUCGACUUUGCAAUGAAGUUCAAUGCACUGGAGCUGGACGACAGUGAUAUUUCCCUCUUUGUGGCUGCUAUCAUUUGCUGUGGAGAUCGGCCUGGCCUCCUAAACGUAGAACACAUUGAGAAAAUGCAGGAGGGUAUUGUGCACGUGCUCAAACUCCACCUACAGAACAACCAUCCUGACGACGUCUUCCUCUUCCCAAAACUCCUGCAAAAGAUGGCAGACCUGCGGCAGCUGGUCACGGAGCACGCACAGCUGGUGCAGGUGAUCAAGAAGACGGAGUCGGACGCCGCCCUGCACCCGCUGCUGCAGGAGAUCUACAGGGACAUGUACUGACGUUCCGGACGCGCGCGAGGAAAAGGGGCUUCUCGCAGGUUUUUAGAGGCGGCGGCACUACAGAGAGACAGGA